AUGGCAUCAAAACGAACAAUCACCGCUCUUGGGCGCAAUGCCUUGGCCCAGAGCUCCCUCAGAUCCAAGACGACGCAAGGCACAUGCUCUACUUGUCAACGACGAUGGAACUCAGUCUCUCAGAAGCAGGGCUCGGAUCGAGUCCGAUUCCCCGGCGCCGUCAACUCCCGCUUCUCCACCGCCCUCAAAUUCGACCGUGCAACCGAAGACGACGCAAUGCCCACCUACCGCAUCCUCGACCAAGAAGGCCACGUCGUCGACAAAGACGCUAUAGCUCCCGAAAUCGGCGAUGAAGAAGCUCUCAAGCUCUACAGAGACAUGGUCACAGUCUCCAUCAUGGACAUCAUAAUGUUCGACGCUCAACGUCAAGGCCGCGUUUCCUUCUACAUGGUCUCCGCUGGCGAGGAAGGAAUCGCCGUAGGCUCCGCAAGCUCAUUGGACCCCAGAGACCCCGUCUUUGCCCAGUAUCGUGAACAUGGUGUCUUCCAGUAUAGAGGUUUCACCCUGGAUGAUUUCAUGAACCAGCUCUUCGCGAACAAACAUGAUUCGGGUCUGGCGAGGAAUAUGCCCGUCCAUUAUGGCUCUCGGAAGUUGAAUGUACACACCAUUAGUUCACCUCUAGCCACGCAGAUUCCGCAUGCUAGUGGAGCGGCGUAUGCGGUGAAGAUGCAGAACCAGCAGAAUCCAACCGAAGAUCCUAGGGUUGUGGCGUGUUAUUUCGGCGAGGGCGCGGCGAGUGAAGGAGACUUUCACGCGGCAUUGAAUAUUGCUGCGACGAGGUCGUGUCCGGUGCUGUUCAUCUGUCGGAACAACGGGUACGCAAUCAGUACGCCAACACUGGAGCAGUACAGAGGAGACGGCAUUGCGUCGAGGGGCGUGGGGUAUGGGAUUGAUACGAUCCGGGUGGAUGGCAAUGACAUCCUGGCUGUCAGGGAAGUGACGAGGCGGGCGAGAGAGCUCGCCUUGCAGGAUGGUGGGAGGCCUGUGCUGAUCGAAGCUAUGAGCUAUCGUGUCUCGCAUCAUAGCACGUCAGACGAUUCAUUUGCGUACCGGGCGAAGGUGGAGGUGGAGGAUUGGAAGAGGAGAGAUAAUCCCAUCACGCGGCUGAGGAAGUGGUUAGAAAUGAAGGGGAUCUGGAGCGAGGAGCAGGAGAAGGAGCUACGGGCCGAUACGAGGAAGGCGAUCUUGACAGCUUACAGAAAGGCUGAGAAAGAGAAGAGACCGCCGCUCAGUUCUAUGAUGACGGAUGUGUACGCGGAACCAACGGAUGAGCAGAGAGAGCAAAUGGCGCAGUUGAGGAAGAUUGUGGAAAAGUACCCGGACGAGUAUGAUGUGUCUGAAUUCGAGGGUGGUAUUGAUGGGUUGACUCUAGACAAGCGAUGA